CACAAACAGCUCUGCCGGGGCUAUGCUGCCGCCUCCUCCUCUCUGAAGGGACGCUGGAGUUUGUGAUUUGAGAUGCAUAGUGUCCCCCGGCUGACCACCCCUUGGGCUAAUAGGGAUCUGCAGAGAGCCUGGGAGAAAACUUACCAGGACCACAGGAAAAAGGUCCAGAAUGCCCAACCACUAGUGGACACCCACCCACCACAGAUUUACAGCCAUCUCUGUCUAAAGUUCAAGAAGUUGAAGAUGGAGGAAGAGAGACUCUCCACCAUUGACAGAAACAACUACCUGCUUCUGCAGAGGGUGGCCUCCGCCAUGAAAACCAGGGGACAGAGUGAUGGCCAAAAUAACUUCACACAGAGAAGGAGCUGAGAGGGAAGGCCACAGCCUCAUCUGGAUGCACAGCCUGAAGCCGAAGGGGUGAGGGUCAGAACCCAACCACUGGGAGACCAGGGCCCAGAUGCUCCGACGAGGCCUUCCUGUGUCUCCUUGAGGUGGGGUGGGGGCAGGGGUGGGGUGUGCAGGUCUUGGGGCUGGUGGCCUAGCCUCUGAGGUUGAGCUGGCUUCAUGGCCUCCGGGGACCGUCAUGGGCACUGUGAUGCAGCACUCCAGAGCUGCCCGGUCACAAUCUUCACCAGAUGACACUGCACAGCUAUUUAUUGUGUUUCUUGGACUGAUAACCAAAAACAAAAUAUGCCGAGUAACACUGGACUUUCUUUUCUAGCUGUUAAUACUUUUCUGAGUUACCAUGAGUUUGGGUGAUUGUAUGUAAUUCUCUUAAAAA